AUGUCUCCAAAAGGAAAAGGCCACCGCUCUCACAAGCACAAGAACUCCAGCAGCUCCAGCCAACCCCAGGAUGAUGAGAUACCUAUCGACCCCAACCUGACGGACCCCUCAUAUACCGGAUACACCCAAGACUACACCCAAGCUGGCCCAAGCAGCUAUGCACAGUGGCAGCAGCAGCCGGCAACGGUCAACCCCAACGACCUCUUACUCAACCAGGGUUGGAGCUCCUCCUCCGCUGCCCAGCAGGGCUAUUAUGCCGCGGGUCCCGCUCACCAAGAUGCCGAUUAUGACGAGCAGGCAGGCUCCUCAUCAGCCGCUGCGGCACAACAGGACUACACAUGCGAAGACUGCGGGCGCAUCUGCCAUGGACUUCGAGAUUUCAACAAGCAUGCCAAGACUCACAAGAGGCCCAUCAGGUGCGAGGCAGACGAGAACUGCAAUGAGACAAAGGCAGAGCAGAGGGACAUGGAUCGCCACUACGUCAGCGCCCACAAGGAGUUUGCAGCCUGGAAGGGAAUUCUUACUGAGCCCGUCCCGUGCAACUAUCCAGGCUGUAGUAAGACGUUUACGCGACAAGACAAUCUGCUAAAGCACUGGAACAAGUACCACCUCAACCAGUGA